AGAAAUCUCCCCCCCUUUUCUCCCCCCCAACUCUACAACACUCCCCACUCUCUGUCUUUUAAUAGCACAAAGGACAUAAUGAACAACCUUAGAUUAAUUCGGUCAUUGACCAUGGCUUCACCCAGCCGCACCUUCCUCGCCGGGCCUCGUUUUGUAGCAGCACCCAUGGCCAGUCAAUUGGCUCAGUUCAGCUCUUCUCGCAUGGUGCAACACGCCGCACCCGUCAAAGAUAUCAGUCAUCAGAUUUCAGGCAAACCACAAGGCGCUCUUGAUGUCGCUGCCCAGCAAUUAUUGUUGACAGAACUCUUUAGAGGUAUGUGGGUCGUUUUGGAGAACUUUUUCCGUCCUCCCUACACCCUUUACUAUCCUUUUGAAAAGGGUCCUAUCUCUGCCCGUUUCCGUGGUGAGCAUGCUCUCCGUCGUUACCAAACCGGUGAGGAACGUUGUAUUGCCUGUAAGUUGUGUGAGGCUAUUUGUCCCGCUCAAGCCAUCACCAUUGAAGCUGAACCCCGUGAGGAUGGUGCUCGUCGUACCACUCGUUAUGAUAUCGAUAUGACCAAGUGCAUCUACUGUGGUUUCUGUCAAGAAGCUUGUCCUGUUGAUGCCAUUGUCGAAACCCCCAAUUACGAGUACAUUACCGAAACUCAUGAAGAACUCCUCUACAACAAGGAGAAACUUUUGGCUAACGGUGAUAAGUGGGAAGUUGAACUCGCUAGAAACUUGCAAUCUGAGAACCCUUACCGAUAAAUUAAUCCCCCCUCCUAAUUGUCAAAUAAAAAAAAAAAAAAAAAAAAACAACACAACCUCCACUUAUUAUACAC